AUGACCGCGACUGAACGAAGAUUCGCAAUUAGAUCCAACGGCGUCGAGUUGUUCGUGGACGAGGAGAACGAAUUGAUCUUCCACAAGAACGUUUCUGUUCCCCCCAAAUGGAACGGAGGUGUCCUUCGCGUCAACGUCUACCAACCCAUCGUGGAGGGGAAAUACCCCAGUCUUGUCACUUUCCAUGAAAAGCCCUUCUCCGAAGUCAACCCCGUGCAUAAAUCGAAGUAUUCAGCAUGGGAGACCCCAGAUCCUGUCUACUGGACCAAGUCACCUGGUCUACUUGAUACCAUGUCUGCCAGCACCGCCAACAGCUUCUUUGACCUGAUUGAGUGGACAGCUGUGCAAGACUGGUGCAACGGCAAAGUCGGCUUGUUGGGCGUGAGCUACUAUGCCGCAAAGCGCCCUAAAGGCCUAGCCGCCAUCGUGCCUCACGAGGGUAUGAGUGAUUACUACCGUGAUCGUUGCAGACAUGGUGGAAUUUUAUCCAACAAUUUCAUCAAAUUCUGGUGGAACCGGCAAGUGAACACCAAUCAAUAUGGCCGGCCCAACCGCUCCAAGUCACGCUGGGGCGAGGACACAAUCGAAGGUGACCUCGAUGCUGCCGAGCUGGCGCAGGAUUGCCGAGACCAGAACGCUGACAAUGCGGCGAACCCUUUCCUUGACGACGAGUAUCACUCGUCCAAGGGCGGCAACACCCUUCAUCUUCGUGGUAUCGUGGAGGGAUAUACGUGGGCUGGCUCGCAGCACAAGUUCCUGCGAUUCAUUGUGGGACGGCACGAUUUGCCUUUCUAUUAUGACGAGGAGGUCGAGGUCGAGGCCGGGUGGAAGACUGGUAAGGUUCCGCCGGUUAGUGUUUGCUUGAGGAAGGGCGAUGUUGGGUUCAAUGACCCUGAGAGCGAGAAGACUUUCCCUCGUAGAGAUGAGAUGGGGUGGCCUAUCGCGAGAACGGAGUAUACCAAAUUCUUCUUGACUUCCGAUCUGAGUCUGAAGCACGAUGGCCAGGGAAUCAAAGAGGCUGAAUCGUCCAUUCUUUCUUGUGAUGCGGGCGAGUCCUCAGUCAAAUGUGUGAAGGUGCUCCACUCCACCACCAGAGAACUUGGACCUGGAUCUUUUUUGACUCUCCGGCACUUUACUGCUGCCGGCAAGGAAAUUCCCUACACGGGAUCGUCCGGGGACGCUGUAGCCGUGACGAGGGGGUGGUUGCGAGCCAGCAUGCGCAAGGUCCACACCGAGAGCCCCUAUCACAGGCCAUACCUCCCUCGACGAGAGUAUCGAUCGAUUGAUGUCCAGCCCGUUGAGAGUGGUGUAAUCUACGAAUGUGACGUGGAGCUAUGGCCGACCAACGUGGUUGUUGAAAAGGGAGGCUGGUUGGUGCUGCAGGUUUCGUCGGAGGUUACAAACCCUGGUGUAGACCUUUUCAAGCACAACUUUCCCAUCGACCGACCUGCUGAGAAGUCUUCCGGAGUCAACAAUAUUCACUUCGACAACGAGCAUGAGAACUACCUGCUGCUGCCCGUGAUUCCCUGA